AUGUCACUUAUUAUUGGUAUAUUUACAAGAAUAAACCCCAAAAGUAGAAAAUAGCGUUUUCAUAUAAAGGAUGUAACCGUUUCCUUGUAUAUAUAAGUGGAUGAUUGGAUGGUGAGAAAUGGGUAAAGUUUUAUAAAUGACCACUAGAUGGCGACAUUACAUUGGCUAUAAAAUCCUGAGCGCUCCUCUGAUCUCAUCAGCGGAAAUGUGCUUAAAUGUAACACUUGAACGUGACAACUAGAGGCUCUGUUUACACGUGAAGCAUCCUGACUCUACUACUCGACCAAACACGUUUGGACACUGUGGUCAUCAUUUUGGCCGACAAAAAAGAAAAAAAAAAAAAAAAACGCGUGGCUCCUCCCCUUUACGUCUACUCGGGGCUGAAGCAGCAGGAGCAGCAGCAGCAGCAGCGGGCUACAGUUUCACUUACAAUUUAGUUUGAAUACAAACAUGACAUAGUCCACCCCCCUGACCUGGUACCGAACUGCUCCGGCCGACCCACCCCCGCAUGGUCCGCCUUGUCUUCGGCACCACCGGGGCCAGCGGCUUCCUCUGAGCCUCUCUGCGGGAAAGGUGAAGCUGCCGUCGGCGCACCGUUAGCCGCGAUGAGACGGAUAACGGGGAAAGCCAAGGAGGAAACUUUGAUCGAGCUGCAGAGCGCCGCAGACUCCCACAUUACAGAUGGUCCGGCUGUGUUGACUGCUUUCAGGAUAAACCGGCACUCAGAUGACAGCAGUGGAAAUGGAGUGGGCGUAUUAUCCGAGCGGGCUCAGCUGCCCGGACACACUGAAACAGAUAAGCUGCGGCCCAACAGAGACACGGUGUUCUUCAGGGACGGAGUUCGCAGGAUCGAUUUUGUAUUGUCCUACGUGGAUGAUAAAGACGAGAAGAAACAGGAGAGGCGAAGGGCGUUUGAGGCCAACCUUGAGAAAACCGGGCUCCAGUUGGAGACAGAAGACAAAUCAGGCUCCAAAGACCAAAAGACAUAUUUCUUGAAGAUCCACGCUCCGUGGGAGGUUCUGGCCACUUAUGCGGACGUGUUGAAGAUAAAAGUUCCCUUCAGGGAGAGUGACAUCCCUCACGGUCAGGAUGUUCCUCUGGAGUGGCUCUCGCGUCCUUUCCGCCUGCCCGACGACAUCAUGCACCCACAGUUGGACUAUUUCACAUACCCCUUUGACAAGAACAAGACCGACUUCUUUCUUAUCGCAGACAAAGACACGUUCUUCCCACCGUCCACCAGAAACAGAAUUGUCUUCUACAUUCUGGCUCGUUGUCCGUAUUACACUGAGGGUCGGAAGGACCGGGAGAAGACAGGAAUCAAGCGGUUACUAAGCAACGGGACUUUCAACGCGGCCUUCCCGCUUCACGAUUGUCGAUACUGGAAGAAGGCGAGGAACGACGACGGCGAGAGCGAGCGCUACAACCUGUACAAGCACUGGGCCCGGUUCCUCUGCUUUUACAAGGAGCAGCCUCUCAACCUCAUUCGGAAGUACUACGGGGAAAAGAUCGGGAUCUACUUUGCCUGGCUGGGAUUCUACACAGAGAUGCUGUUCUUUGCAGCCGUCAUGGGCCUUAUAUGCUUCACCUAUGGAGUACUCAGCUAUGAUGAUAACAUAUCAAGCAAAGAAAUCUGCGAUGCAGAGAUCGGCGGCAGCAUCGUCAUGUGUCCUCUCUGUGAUAAGAAGUGUCCUUUCUGGAAGCUCAACUCCACCUGCCUCUCUUCCUGGCAAUCCCAUCUGUUUGAUAAUGAAGGAACGGUGUUCUUUGCCAUAUUUAUGGGGAUUUGGGUGACUCUGUUCCUGGAGUUCUGGAAGCGGCGCCAGGCUCGGCUGGAGUACCAGUGGGACCUGGUGGACUUCGAGGAGGAGCAGCAGCAGCUCCAAAUCCGCCCCGAGUUUGAGAUCAAAUGCACCAAAAGGAGAAUCAACAAGAUCACGCAGGAAAGUGAGCCGUAUCUUCCCUUCAGGAGCAAAUGUGCUCGCUUCUCGCUGUCUGCAGCCACGGUUCUCCUCUGGAUCUCUCUCAUCGUGGCCUGCAUCAUUGGGGUGAUCGCCUACAGGCUGGCUGUGUACGCCGCCUUUGCGAGCAUCAUCAAAGACCCCUUGAGGAAGAUCCAGCUGGUGGGCAGGUUCAUCACUCCUCAGCUGGCGACGUCCGUCACCGCUUCCUGCAUCAACUUUGUCAUCAUCAUGAUCCUGAACUUCUUUUACGAGAAGGUGGCCGUGUGGAUCACUGACAUGGAAAUCCCCAAAACUCACCUGGAGUAUGAGAACAAGCUGACUAUGAAGAUGUUUCUGUUCCAGUUUGUCAACUACUACUCCUCCUGCUUCUAUGUUGCCUUCUUCAAAGGCAAGUUUGUGGGUUAUCCUGGUGCAUACUCCUACAUGUUAGGCAACCUGACCAAGCUGAGGAACGAGGAGUGUGACCCCGGAGGCUGUCUGAUAGAGCUGACCACUCAGCUGGUGAUCGUCAUGGCGGGGAAACAGUUGUGGGGAAACAUUCAGGAGGCUCUGCUGCCAUUGAUGCGGAACUGGUGGAGCAGCAGGAAAGGACGCCACAACCCUGAGAACCAUUACAGCCGCUGGGAGCAGGACUAUGUUCUGCAGAACUUCAGCCAGCUGGGCCUGUUCUACGAGUACCUGGAGAUGGUGAUCCAGUUUGGCUUCAUCACUCUGUUUGUGGCCUCCUUCCCGUUGGCUCCUCUCCUGGCUCUGUUCAACAACAUCCUUGAAAUCAGGGUGGAUGCGUGGAAGUUCACCACGCAGUUCAGGCGACCGGUGGCCUCCAAGGCCAGAAAUAUCGGUGCCUGGCAGGAGAUCCUCAACGCCGUGGCCAUUUUGUCUGUCGUCACCAACGCUUUUAUCAUGGCCUUCACCUCAGACAUGAUCCCCCGCAUGGUGUACCUCUACGUCCUCAGCAAAGACUUCAGCAUGAGGGGCUACGUCAACAGCAGCCUAUCAGUAUACAACAUUUCACAGAUUCAUCCUCAAAAUAUGCCAGAAGAGGGCUGGUAUGGUAACUCCACCACCACCUGCAGAUAUAGAGACUACCGUAACCCUCCUGGCCACCAGAGGGAGUACGAUCACAACAUGCAGUUCUGGCACAUCCUGGCAGCCAAAAUGGCCUUCAUCAUUAUCAUGGAACAUGUGGUCUUCGUGGUGAAGUUCUUCGUGGCGUGGAUGAUCCCAGACGUCCCCUCGGACGUGAAGGCGCGGAUUAAACGGGAGCGCUACCUGAUCCAGGAGUACCUGCACAACUACGAGGUGGAGAGAGUCAAACUGCAGCUGAGCGCCAGCUUCAUGACAGAGCCGUGUUCCGAGAUAACCUUAACGCCCGACAAGCACGAGAUGCUGUCCGAGUGCCUGCAGCCGGUUAUCUGACCAACCAGACAAAGAGGAGACGAGUCUGGGAGUCUUCCUGCAAGGGCUUGAACCUCUGAUCUAAAAGCGCUAAUUUCUGUGUCCCAACACUUGCCAAAAUAUGCAUCAGAAAAAAAUGUAGCACUAACUUUUUUAUUAUUAUUAUUCCGCUGUGAUUUCUGAACCCUAAAAGAGGAGCCAAGCAGUGGGAAUGACGCCUCCUACUCUCAUCAAACUGACUUUAGUCGCUGUAAGUGUGUUCUGUUGAGGGAAGCAGUUUUAAAAAGCAAACACCGACUUCACAGAAGUCAGAAUCUUAUCUCUCUAGUGAUUUACUAACAUCCUGCAUGAACAAUCACCACCAAUCAAGUCCAAAUGUCUGCAUAUCUGCACCAAACUGAUCUGGUUUCGUUUUACAACUACAGUGGAUAGAUGUGGGCUGAUGUCUUUGUGUGCACUUUAUCUGCCAUAUUUUGGUUCUUUCAUAUUUAGAUGAAGAAGUGUGAGCUUUAGUGUAAACAGACAGGAGUACUUUCUUUACUUUGCUGAAACGCAUGUAACAAGCUGCAAGUCACUGUAAAGCUGUAGUUUCAGAUUCAGAUAUCUUCGCCUUAUUCAUAGCUGAUUAUUCAGGUGUGCUCAGCCAAUCAGAACACACCUGAGCCAGGUAUGUCAAAAACAAACAGUCCUCACCUCUGAUUUAUAAAUAUCAAGUUGCUGUAAAUAUCGAUAAUUAUGUAUUUAAAGAUGUUAGUGUAAUUAUUCAUUUAUUGACUUGCUUCUGCUUUGCAGCUUCCAUGAUUUUCAAACAUAUUUGAUACAAUUUUCAUCUCAAUAUAAUUUUUUGUAUUUGAAGUCUCCAUUUUUUUAAGCUAAGUAUCACCAGUCAGAGCUGAAAUAACUUAACAGUUCCUUUAAUUUCUUUUAAAAAAGUGUUUAUUUCAAACUUUUGUUGAGGAACGGGACCACAACAGUACAAUUUAUAUGUCUUUACAGUUCAUGGAUUAUUCCUAAAAAUGAAUUAUCUUCCAGGAGUUAUUCACUAAUCUGUAAUUUACUGUGUAAAUUACAGAGUUUUCUACACCUCAGCAGGAUUUCUAUUGACAGUCAAAAUGGAAAUCUGACUCCAAUCUCAGGAUAAAUCAUCGUCUUCAUUAAAUAUCUGCAGUUUGAAUGUCUCCCCACUAAAUGCAUGACGAUCUCUCCAACAAACCAUCGCCUUAAAUAUUAACGUUUACUUGUUUUUAUAUGUUUUUCUAAAGAUCAAUGUACAAUCUGGAAGCAUUUGUUUUUAUUGUAUGUUGCAGCUUUGUCAUUUGUAAUGUCUUAAGAGUUGUUUAAGCAUGUCUGUGUACAUAAUGUGAUGCUUCCUGACUGAAAGAGAAGAUAUUUAAAGAUGGUUAUUCAAAUAAAAUCAGGAGAAAAAGA